CGCUCACUUCUUUUCAAGUCUCUCCCCUCUCUCUCUCUCUCUCUCCAUAGAGACAUUCCACUAAAGCGGCGACGUUUUGGUAACAUUCGGUCAACGACAUAAGGCGGCGGUAAGGAUCACAGCUCCGACAAUGACGGUUUUCUCCGGCAAACAAGUCGUUCCGGUGGACUACGAGGCAGAGGUAUCACAGCGGCUUCUGGACGCCAUCCUCGACGGAGACAUCAAAACGGCAUCGGAUUGCGUCUCCGAUCCGCUCCUUGACGUGAACUUCGUCGGCGCCGUCAGUUUGAAGACGAGGAGGAGCGAGGUCGUGCUCCGUGAUGAGACGGCGAGCGAAAUACGAGUGGAGUACGAGGAGUUCAAAACUGACGUAACGGCGUUGUUCCUCGCCGUUAGUUUCGGAAACGUAGCUCUCGUGAAGAUGUUACUGAACAUUGGAGCUGAUGUGAACCAGAAGCUCGUCAGGGGAUUCGCAACGACUGUAGCUGUAAGGGAAGGUCAUUUCGAGGUACUUGAGAUUCUACUCAAAGCCGGUGCUUCUCAGCCCGCCUGUGAGGAAGCUCUACUGGGGGCCAGCUGUCACGGACGCGCUGAGUUCGCUGAACUGAUUAUGGGAACUGAUCUUAUUAGGCCUCAUGUCGCUGUCCACGCGCUAGCCACUGCUUGCUGCAGAGGUUUUGUGGACGUUGUAGGGACCUUGCUCAAAUGCGGAGUAAAUGCUAAUUCAACGGACAGGCUUCUGCUUCAAUCUUCAAAACCUUCUCUAUACACUAAUGUGGACUGCACAGCUCUUGUUGCUGCUAUUGUCAAUAGGCAGGUCUCGGUCGUCCGCUUGCUACUUCAGGCUGGUGUCAAGACAGAUAUCAUGGUGAGGCUAGGAGCAUGGUCAUGGGACACUAACACUGGAGAAGAGUUCCGCGUAGGAGCUGGAGUGGCUGAGCCCUAUCCUUUAACCUGGUGUGCUGUAGAAUUCUUUGAAACCAGCGGUGAGAUAUUGCGUUUGCUGCUCACACUCCAAUCUCCAAACGCUCCUCACAACGGCCGGACUCUGCUCCACCACGCUGUUCUUUGCGGUAACCACGCAGCCGUCAGAGUCCUCCUCAGCUGUGGUGCUGAUCCAGAAACUCCUAUCAAAGGCAUUGAACUCCGACCGAUUCAUAUGGCUGCACGUUACGGAUCAGUGGAGAUCAUACAAGAACUGGUUGGCUUUGGCUGCGAUGUGAACUCAAAGAAUGAUGCUGGAGACACGGCUCUGCUGAUCUCAACAAGACACAAACACUCUGAGUGCGUAAAGAUUCUAGCAGUAUCUGGUGCUGACUUCGCCUUAGUGAACAAGCAUGGCCGCUCUGUUAUUUCUGUCGCUGAAUCAAGCAAGUGGUGUCUCGGAUUAGAACGAGUAGUUCUUGAACUGGUCCGUUCUGGCGUGGCUCCACAUUCAAGCGACGCUUCAGUUUUCUCGCCGUUGCUGUACGUAGCUAAAGCAGGAGACGCCGAGGCGCUUAAGUCUCUUGUAAAAGCUCAAGAAGUCUUUCUAGACUAUCAAGACGAGGAAGGCUUCUCGGCUGCAAUGCUAGCGGCCAUGAACGGACACGUUGAAGCGUUCAGAGUUUUAGUCUAUGCAGGCGCAGACGUGAAGCUACUCAACAAAUCAGGCGACACUGUUGUUUCUCUGUCCGAGAAGAACGGUAAUUUAGACAUGAUCGAGAAGGUGAUGCUCGAGUAUGCUCUCGAGAAGGACAACAGGAACAUGGCUGGUUUGUUCUACGCUCUACACUGUGCUGCAAGGCGUGGAGAUGUUAAAGCGGUUAAGCUUUUGAGUGGAAAAGGAUACGGUCUUGAUGUCCCGGAUGGAGACGGCUACACUCCUUUGAUGCUUGCGGCUAUAGAGGGCCAUGGAAAGAUGUGUGAGUUCCUGAUUAAACAUGGAGCGAACUGCUAUGCUAAGAACGGAAGAGGGAAAACGCUGCUUGACGUGGCUGUUGGUGAUGCGGAGGAGGUGAUCCGUGACGAGUUGUCUAGGAGGUUUGUGUUAAAAGGAAGCAGUGUGAUGAAACACACUAAGGGAGGGAAAGGGAAGAAGCAUGGGAAGGGGUUGAAAAUGUUGGAGUCAAGUGGAGUGCUGAGUUGGGGAAAGUCGAGGAAGAGAAACGUGGUUUGCAAGGAAGUAGAGGUUGGGAUGAGCCAGCGGUUCAGGAGGAACCGUAAGGGGAAAGGCGAUGCAGCGUUUGAGGAGGAAGGGGUUUUCAGGGUUGUGACUAAGGAGGACAAAGAAGUUCAUUUUGUGUGUGAAGGUGGGUUGGUUGGUGCAGAGAUGUGGGUGAGGGGGAUAAGAGUUGUUACAAGAGAUGCUACUUGUGGGAGAACUCAAAAUUAGAGUGUUGUUUUUGUACAUAAGAGAAGUUUUGAGAAGGAAGCUUCAUUCUGAAGGUAGUGUGUGCUUCUGUUGUGUUGUGGGUGUGUUUAUAGUUGUUUGGUUUGCUUAAGAAGAUUGGUUCAUAUUCUAGUUUUGAUAUCUGCAAUAUAAUUGUGAAAUAGCUUGUUAAGUUUGA